AUGUCGGAAAGCUAUGGUGUCGGUACCAGAGCGUGGCAGCCUGACCCAACAGAGGGCUGGGUUGCGUCCGAAGUUAUCAAGAGGACGGUAAACGGGGACAAGGUUAUACUCGAGUUCCAGCUAGAAAAUGGCGAGACCAGGACGCUGGAGGUCUCGCUCGAGGCCCUCCAGUCUGGCAACGACCCGUCGCUGCCGCCCUUGAUGAAUCCUACCAUGCUCGAAGCCAGCGAUGACCUGACCAACCUCUCCCAUCUGAACGAGCCUGCCGUCUUGCAGGCAAUCCGCCUCCGAUAUGCCCAGAAGGAGAUUUAUACAUACUCGGGUAUAGUGUUAAUAGCAACAAACCCAUUCGCUCGCGUCGAUUCCCUCUACGUUCCGGGCAUGGUCCAAGUCUAUGCCGGGAAGCAAAGAGCUACACAAGCGCCACAUCUCUUCGCUAUUGCCGAGGAGGCUUUCAUGGACAUGUUGAGGGAUAACAAGAACCAGACCAUUGUAGUCUCCGGUGAGUCCGGCGCCGGUAAGACCGUCAGUGCCAAGUACAUUAUGAGGUAUUUCGCCACAAGAGAAUCGCCAAACAGCCCAGGAUCAAGGGCGAAGAAGGGGCCCGAGGCGAUGAGCAAGACCGAAGAGGCGAUUCUAGCGACGAACCCAAUCAUGGAAGCCUUCGGCAACGCAAAGACAACGAGGAACGACAACUCCUCGCGGUUCGGCAAGUACAUCGAGAUUAUGUUUGACAAGGGUACAAAUAUCAUCGGCGCCAAGAUCAGGACAUACUUGUUGGAACGGUCGAGACUUGUCUUUCAGCCGCUCAAGGAGAGAAACUACCACAUCUUCUAUCAGCUGGUGGCGGGCGUGUCAGACAAGGAGCGCCAGGAACUCGGCCUGCUGCCAGUCGAGCAGUUCGACUACCUGAAUCAAGGAAAUACCCCGACCAUUGACGGCGUGGACGACAAAGCCGAGUUCAUUGCGACCAGGCAAUCUCUGAAGACGAUCGGUGUAAGCGAUGCGGAGCAGGCUGAAAUCUUCAAGUUGCUCGCGGGUUUGUUGCAUCUUGGCAAUGUCAAAAUCGGCGCGACCCGCAAUGAUAGUGUCCUCCCGGCGACUGAGCCUUCUCUCGUCAAGGCAUGCGAUAUCCUCGGCAUCGAUGCCCCCGAGUUCGCCAAGUGGAUUGUCAAGAAGCAGCUCAUUACGCGUGGCGAGAAGAUUACAUCCAACCUAACCCAGGCCCAGGCAAUUGUUGUCAGGGACUCGGUCGCCAAGUUCAUCUAUUCUAGCCUCUUUGACUGGCUGGUAGAGGUUAUCAACCAUAGUCUUGCGACCGAAGAUGUGCUCAAUCGGGUACAUUCGUUCAUUGGAGUCCUCGAUAUCUACGGUUUUGAGCACUUUGCCAAGAACUCCUUCGAGCAAUUCUGUAUCAACUAUGCCAAUGAAAAGCUGCAGCAAGAGUUCAAUCAGCACGUCUUCAAGCUCGAGCAGGAGGAGUAUCUAAGAGAGCAAAUCGACUGGACCUUCAUUGACUUCGCCGACAACCAGCCUUGUAUUGACCUGAUCGAGGGCAAGCUCGGUAUCCUCUCGCUGUUGGACGAAGAGUCGAGGCUACCCAUGGGUUCCGAUGAGCAGUUUGUGAACAAGCUGCACCACAACUACGCUGGGGACAAGCACAAGUUCUACAAGAAACCCAGAUUUGGCAAGUCCAGCUUCACCGUCUGCCAUUAUGCUAUCGACGUCACGUACGAGUCAGAGGGCUUCAUAGAGAAGAAUCGUGACACGGUUCCGGACGAGCAUAUGGCGAUCCUUCGCGCUUCAACGAACAGGUUUCUCGGCGCGGUGUUGGACGCGGCGUCGGCUGUGCGAGAGAAAGACGUUGCCUCGGCGACCUCGAAAUCAGUAACGCCGGCAGCGGGCAGGAGGAUCGGUGUCGCUGUUAACCGCAAGCCGACGCUCGGUGGUAUCUUCAAGUCCUCGCUGAUUGAACUGAUGAACACAAUCAAUAGCACCGAUGUCCACUACAUCCGGUGCAUCAAGCCCAACGAGGCAAAGGAGGCUUGGAAAUUCGAGGGGCCCAUGGUUCUCAGCCAGCUGCGUGCCUGUGGUGUGCUUGAGACUGUCCGCAUUAGUUGUGCGGGCUAUCCUACAAGAUGGACCUACGAGGAGUUUGCCUUGCGGUAUUACAUGCUGGUACCGUCAUCACAAUGGACCUCCGAGAUCAGGCAAAUGGCCAACGCUAUCCUUACCAAGGCCCUCGGCACCAGCACGGGCAAGGGUCUGGACAAAUACCAACUUGGACUCACCAAGAUUUUCUUCAGGGCCGGCAUGCUAGCCUUCCUCGAGAAUCUCCGGACAAAUCGGUUGAAUCAAUGCGCCAUCAUGAUCCAGAAAAACCUCAGAGCCAAGUACUACCGCAACAGGUAUCUCGCUGCUCGGGAUUCCAUCAUUGCGUUCCAGGCCGCGGUAAGAGCCUACAAGGCCCGCAUGCAGGCGCAGGAAUUGCGGACGGUCAAGGCCGCUACCACUAUCCAGAGAGUCUGGCGCGGCCAGAAGCAGAGGAAGGAGUUCCUGCGCAUCAGAAACGACGUUGUCCGUGCUCAGGCAGCUAUGAAGGGCUACUUGCGGCGUAAGGAGAUCAUGGAGACGCGGGUUGGUAACGCUGCCCUCAUUAUCCAGCGGAACUGGCGGUCAAGGCAGCAACUCCGGGCCUGGAGAAACUACCGCAGGAAAGUCGUCAUUAUCCAGAGCUUGUGGCGUGGUAGGACUGCUCGCAAGGAAUACAAGGUCAUCCGCGCCGAAGCACGCGAUCUCAAGCAGAUCUCGUACAAACUGGAGAAUAAGGUGGUGGAGCUGACGCAGUCUCUGGGUACCAUGAAGGCGCAGAACAAGGAGCUCAAGACACAGGUAGAGAACUACGAAGGACAGGUAACGAUCUGGAGGAACCGCCACAACGCGCUCGAGGCUCGGACGAAGGAGCUGCAGAGCGAAGCUAACCAGGCUGGCAUUGCCGCCGCGCGUCUGGAAGCGAUGGAGGCCGAGAUGAAGAAGCUUCAGGCGAGCUUUGACGAAUCUGCGGCCAACGUCAAGCGAAUGCAGGACGAGGAACGGCAGCUCCGAGAAUCUCUGCGCGCUACGAGCACGGAGCUCGAGGCUGCUCGCCAGGAAAGCCAGCGUCACGAGGCUGAGAAGAACUCCCUCCGGCAACAACUGCUCGAGCUCCAGGAAGCACUCGAGCAGGCUAGGAGGAACGCUCCUCCCAAUGGCGAGGUUGUCAAUGGUCAUACGGCCGCCCCUGCUGCGCCAACCGGCCUCAUCAACUUGGUGUCGUCUAAGAAGCCCAAGCGGCGAAGCGCAGGUGCUGAGCUUCGCGAGAUGGAGAGGUACAGCUCGGCCUACAACCCUCGCCCCGUGUCGAUGGCUGUCCCUGGCAUGAACCGCCAGACCACGCUCUCGGGUUCGACGUUCAUCCCUGGCGUGGACAACAUCGAGCUAGAGCUAGAAUCGCUGCUGUCCGAUGAAGAGGGCCUUAACCAGGAGGUUACCAUGGGUCUUAUCCGUAAUCUGAAGAUCCCAUCGCCCGCCACGACACCGCCACCUUCGGAAAAGGAGGUGUUGUUCCCAUCCUACCUCAUCAACUUGGUUACUUCAGAGAUGUGGAACAACGGAUUCGUCAAGGAGUCGGAGCGGUUUCUCGCCAACGUCAUGCAGUCCAUCCAACAGGAGGUCAUGCAGCACGACGAGGAAGAGGCUAUCAACCCCGGCGCCUUCUGGCUUUCCAAUGUGCAUGAGAUGCUCUCAUUUGUCUUCCUUGCUGAGGACUGGUACGAGGCUCAGAAGACGGGCAACUACGAGUAUGACCGCCUCCUCGAGAUUGUCAAGCACGACUUGGAGAGCCUGGAGUUCAACAUUUACCACACGUGGAUGAAGGUGCUCAAGAAGAAGCUAGCCAAGAUGAUCAUUCCCGCUAUCAUCGAGUCGCAGUCUCUGCCUGGCUUCGUCACGAACGAGAACAAGAAGUUCCUCGGCAAGCUCCUGCAGGGCAACAAUCAGCCUGCGUACAACAUGGAUAACUUGCUGUCACUCCUCAACAGUGUCUUCCGUGCCAUGAAGGCGUACUACCUGGAGGACUCUAUCAUUACGCAGACAAUCACGGAGCUGCUCCGCCUUGUCGGCGUGACGGCCUUUAAUGACCUGCUCAUGCGGCGCAACUUCCUCUCCUGGAAGCGUGGCCUGCAGAUCAACUACAAUAUCACCCGUAUCGAGGAGUGGUGCAAGAGCCACGACAUGCCCGAGGGCACCCUGCAGCUCGAGCAUCUGAUGCAAGCAACGAAGCUCUUGCAGCUCAAGAAGGCAACCCUGAACGACAUUGAGAUCAUUCAGGAUAUCUGCUGGAUGUUGUCACCCAACCAAAUCCAGAAGCUUCUGAACCAGUACCUCGUUGCCGAUUACGAGCAGCCCAUCAACGGCGAGAUUAUGAAGGCCGUCGCCUCGCGGGUGACGGAGAAGAGUGAUGUCCUACUCCUCCAGGCUGUCGAUAUGGACGACAGCGGGCCGUAUGAGAUUGCCGAGCCCAGAGUGAUCACCGCUCUGGAGACUUAUACGCCGUCUUGGCUCCAAACCCCACGCUUGAAGCGCCUAGCCGAGAUUGUGUCGCAGCAGGCCAUCGCGCAGCAGGAGAAGCUCGAGUUUGGCUCGCAGGGUGGUGACGACUACGACAACCUCGGCGAGGUCGACGACAAUGAGCUGACCGAGGUGGAUGAGGGCCCGGAGUCGAUGAUGGCGAGCGCCUAG